CCUGACGAAAGGAAAGAAAAAAGAGAAAGAAAGGACAAAGCGACGGGAAAACGAACUUUCUAGGAUCGAAGCAGCAGCCAAGCCUCAGAAAGAUCGAAAACAAAGCUCGAUUUGGGACCGAAUCCCAUUGGGGGCACGUGACUUCGCGGGUUGGACACGUGAACAUACGUUGUCCAAGGGCCCGGUCAUCCACUCGGGGGCGUGACACAGCCGCCCCAGGCCGGUAAGGUCAUCCUGGGUUGGAACCAUGAUUCGCGGUGGCCAACGAGGAGGCCGAGUGUGUUCGCCGUGGUUGUCGGGUCUGAUGCGGCCCCGCCAGCCCUGGCUGGCCAUCCCUUCCUCGCGCUCCUUGAUCCGACCUGCGUGUUCAUCCCCCUGGCAGACUAUUCCGCUCGCUGUGGGCCCCGGCCACGCCUUCAGCACGUUCAGCACCCGAUGGCCUCGAGAUGGAUUGACCUCGGUCUCGUCCUUGGCACCUGAGAAGGUGUCCAAUUCGAAUCAAUACGUUCUGUGCUCAUUUCCAUCCCAGGGGGAUGACUGUGAUGGCCGACCCAUUUUGGCCUGUCUCCAGGUUAGCCUGGGAUCGCAAUUUUCCGGCAUGCACUUGCAAACGCGUUCCAUGUCUUCUUCGUCAUCAUCGUCAUCAUCAUCAUCAUCAUCUAGUUCUUCAAGCCCGCCCUCUUCCACACCGCCUUCGUCGACGAAGGAGAGCAAGUCAUCUUCGUCCAAGGAUGCCAAACCGUCCUCUAAGAUCGAGGUCACCGUGCAAAGACUUCGACAGAAACAAGUGGAUCAACUGUCUCAAUUGUCCUCGGUCCAGGAUUUAGAGAAAAAGGUCGAGUAUCUGAUUGCUAAGGCUGAAAAGGACGAGAACGCUUCCAAAGCCUUGGAGAAGAAAGACACGCCCAAGAAGUCCUUGUGGGUCCGCAUCGUAGACGAGGUCAAGCACUACUAUAGCGGAUUCAAGUUACUCUUCCUGGACGUGAAAGUGUCGAGCCAGAUUAUCUGGAAGGUCCUCCAAGGCAACACGCUCACUCGGCGGGAAAAGAAGCAGCUGGUCCGCACGGUGAGCGAUCUCUUUCGUCUUUUGCCGUUCUCGGUGUUCAUCCUGGUGCCCUUUAUGGAACUGCUCCUGCCCGUGGCUUUGAAGCUGUUCCCGGGAAUGCUUCCGUCCACUUUCACCACAUCCUCUGAUCGCGAUGUCAAGAUGAGGCGGACCUUGAAGGCCAAACUUGAGUACGCUCGCUUCCUUCAAGAGACCUUGGACGAGAUGGCGCCCACAAGCAAGAAUGAUCGCUCGUCCCAAUCGGCCAGGGACUUCACUGAAUUCUACCAAAAUGUCAAGACCCAAGGCUUAGUGAUCAAGAACGAGGAUAUUCUCAAGUUCUCCAAGUUGUUCGAGGACGAAAUCACCCUCGACAACAUGACUCGUACCCAAUUGGUGGCCUUAUGCCGUUUACUAGAACUCACUCCCAUGGGGACGAAUAACUUUCUUCGGCUUCAACUUGAAAUGAAGCUUCGUCAAUUGAAGACAGACGACCGGGUCAUCAAAAGGGAGGGCGUGGAUGACAUGGAUGUUCGUGAACUUCAGAAUGCGUGCAGAGAACGUGGAAUGCGGGCCUAUGGGUUGUCCGAAAAGCAACUGAGACGUCAGUUGGAGCAAUGGCUGGAUUUGUCGCUCAACAAUAAUGUGCCCCCAUCCCUGCUUCUAUUAUCGCGAACGCUGUUCUUGCCCGAGGACUCGGAUAGCACGGCCAAGAUCGCCGCCUCUAUUUCUGCGCUGCCCGAAUCUGCGGCCACGGUCACAUCGGCUGCCAUUGGUGAAAGUGAGGGCAAGGUUAGGAACGUGGAACGUUUGAAGAUCAUCAAAGAGGAACAAAGAAAAAUCGAAGAGGAAGCGGCUGAAGAGAAGAGGCAACGGUUGAUCAAGGAGGAGACCAAGAAAGAACAAGAAAAGAAAACAGCCUAUGAAAAGAAAACGGCAGAUGAUAAGAAAACCGCCGAUGAAAAGAACAAGGAAGAAGAAGAGGAUUCUCCCAAGGUGGAACGUGUUCAAGAAGAUCCUCAUAAAGAUGUGAAAAUGGUCGAGGAAAUGAUGAAGGAGAAAGUGGCCGAGGCCAAGAAUGCUAUUCUGAAAUCGGCUGCCAAAUCCGUGGACAGUACGAAAAUUCCGGAGUCUGUCUUGGAAGAGCCAUCUUUCCAACGAUUAGUGCGAGAUGCGAAGAUUGCCAUGCAAAACGAUCCUAAAAAGGAAGACGAAGAUGGAAAGUUAAUGGAGCAAGUCGAAGAUUCCCUCGAGAAAGUCAAGCAAUCCCCCGAGUCCGAAAAAGAUGAGAUUUCCUCUGAAGAUUUGAGUGACCUGAAGACGGCCAUUGAAAGCUUGGGCAAGGUCUCUGACGAAGCGGAAAUGGUGGGCAAUCUCAAGAAGGAGCUCCAAGACUACGAGGAGGACAUUGAGGAGCUCAAAUUCAUCAAGGCCGAGGCGAAUCGCUUCGACCUUCAGGAGAGCAAAGGUGCCAAGCGCUUGUUCUCUCGAGUGAACAAAAUCCUGAGCAACGUGGACCGUUUGGUGGACAACCUCGAGAUGGAGAAGAACGCCCAAAAAGAGCAGGCUAUCACCAUAGAUGAGGCCAAAGAGCAAUUCAAAGACCAAGUUCAGAGCAAAGGCAAACAGAGGCAGGACAAUGAAGGCAAAGACGAUAGCCUAGUCACCAUCCAAGAACUCAUCGACGCUGUUCAGAAACUCAAGGCCACUACUGAUUCGACCAAGGUUGAGAAGAUCGCCAUGGUUUUGAGUAAAAUGGAUGAUGAUUCAGAUGGUAUGAUAAAAGUGGACCACGUGCUCAAAGUGAUCGAGCUCCUGGGCACAGAACAAAUCCAAUUGAAUUCGAAACAGAUCAAGAAGAUCUUGGACAUGUUGGAGAAAGAAGAUAUGCUGGAAAUCGAAGCCAACAUCGAAGAAGUCCUGGGUAGUACUCCAUCUGAUGAGGAGGCCUCAAGUUCCGAGGCAGAAUCGCGUGGGAAGUCUGUUUCGGCGGACAAAAGCAAACCUGAUGACGGCGAAUCCAAAACCAAUGAAGCGCAAACUGUGAGUCGGGCCAAUCCAGAUAUUGCCAAGGACAUGACAGAGAAUGAACCCGAAGAUCACAUAAAGGAACUGUUUGAAACACCUUCGCCCCGUGAUCAAGAACAGGAGAGGCAGGCUAUGAAACUAUCUCCUCCAGAUCAAUCGGGAAACAAACGGAACGGGUCAUAAAAUAAUAAUUUAUAAUAUGUAGCACCUAUUUUGAGGCAUUCUAGUUCUCUUUUUAUGUGCUACUCUAGAUCGAGGCACAUCCAUCUGCCAACCAACAACACUUUACCAUGAAAGAAAAAUUAAACCUUAUUUUUCGUUGAUAAUUCACUUAUUUAUUGAACAGCAUAGUAUUAAGACGUUUCAUAGUGAACAGUUAUCAUAACGCGAGAAAUUUCAUAAGAAUAAUAUAUCUUAUACACAA